AUGGCCGUUCUUCGUGCAAGAAUAUUUGGAGAACUUGUGAGACCAACAACUGUGCGGUAUGCAUUAUUCUCUAGUUGUUUAUCUGCGUAUUUAUAUAUUUAUUUAGUUAUUUAUAUAGUUAAUAUCAAUAGGUUAUUGAUUUUAUACCCCCCCCCCCCCGGUUGAUGACCUAAGCUGUAGUGUUUGUAUAAUAUAUAUGUAACACAUGUGGAGAAAUAGUUCUAAAAUAACAGGUCACAGAUUGGUUAUUGUCAAUACCUACGCUGGCACAGAUCGUUCAUAGAUUGGUUAACCCUUUACCUGGGCGGAAAGCACCAACAGGCUGCCACAGGAGAACUGCCGCAAUUAUAGCAGAAAUUUAUUAGUAAUUAGUAUUACAAAACAGCUAGCCUGCCGCAGGAGAUCUUGGGCUAAAGUGGCCUACUUUCCAGUGUGGACCCUUUAUUGUGGCAAUUGCCGUAGAGGGAGAACAAAAUGUCGCAUCAUUGUGCAUGGCAACAACAGCAAUUUGUUGCCGUAUAGUAUAUUUUUUAUACUAUUCACUAAAUUACUAUAUAACAAUAAAAUUAAAUAUUUGUUGCAGUAAUUUGAAAAAAUGCUGUGGAAACUGCCAAAAUUGCCAUAGACAGAGCUGUUAUGAGGGCCCCCUAUACCUCUUCACAAUAUGCGUUCACGUAAAAAUAUUUUGCCUUUUCACGAGUCACGGAUUAAGAUAAUCAUCGAUCACAUUUCACGGCUAACUAAAAUAGGCGCUUCACGCAAAAAGUAUAGGGGGCCUGAUCACGUUUCACGGCUAAGUAAAAUAAGCCCUUCACGCUUCACACAAAAAGUAUAGGGGGCCCUCUGUUAUGUUCUACAGCGAUUUUUAACCCGUCAAUUGAUUUCAGGGAAAUUCGAGGCCUAGCCCUGAUGUGCCCUGACUGGAAAGCUUGGAAAUUGCAUGGCAGAGAUUUUGAAAAUUUAAUAGUAAAUAUAUAGAAAGCUUCAAAUUUUGCUCACCCGAGAUAUUGGGCACGCAGUACAAACUUUCCACACUGGGAUGUGCCUUACUUUAAUUUAAUUAUUGUUUUACUCUGUCUAACGCCAGCUUAUUUUGCUCUGUCUAACAUCAGAUGACUUUACUUGUCAGGGGGGAGAGUGCUACCACUCAAUCUGUUAAUUCCAUUUUCAUCUAGGGGACAGAAAGUGGUUGAUUAUUUUAGAAGCUGUCCACGUGCUGACCAGGUUACAAGUUACUAUCCUCCAAUCAAACAGUUUCAGUCAUUAUUAUUCAAGCUGAGGCAUUUGGGCUUAUAUCAUGAUGAACAUCUG